AUGCGGUGCACGACGUACACAGUGGACGUGAUGCGCCGUUUCUGCGACGGGUGCAAUACGGUAAUCGCAAUCGCCGCGGACCCGCUCCGCCGUCUUGGUCACCGCAUUGCCCAGGAGUCGCCUUGGGUUGUGGUUAUGUUCGUCUCCUCCGGCAUUGCCGUUUUUCCGCUGAUCCUCUACCCGGUGCUGAAGCCAUACCUCAUGAAUGACACACGGUGGAUCAAGGAGGAGGAACGUGUGCGUCUAUGCCUGCAGAAGGGUAUUGACCCGUAUCCGUACAUGCGCCACAAAGACUACGUCUUCGGCAAUGUCGUCCCGGCGACACAGUCUGAAGAGGAGGCACCUCUCUCGGCGUCGUGGGAGCACCGGGCGAUGCUGGAUUUCCAGAGAGCGAAGGAGGAGCUGCGUAAGGAGGUCGGCGGCAAUGUGGAAGAUUCCGUCGCGAAGCUUAUGGCGCUGCGUGCGGAGCUGCGCAGGGAAUUUGAGCGCAACCAGCACACUGUGUCGAGUGAGCCGAAGAAUCUCAUUUUCAGGGGGCGGAAGGACGUCGACACACUCAAGUCGUAG